AUGGCACCUUCAACCCUACCGCAACGGUUCUUGCAGACAGUAUUGCUAUGUCUAUGCACAAGCUAUACCAGUGCCCUGACGCUGGACGUAACGAGCGCAACUUCGAUCAGAUCGGUCUCGUCGCAAGUCGCACACGGAUUAAUGAAGUACUACACGGGUAACAACACUGGAGACGUGCCCGGAAACCUUCCAGACCCAUACUAUUGGUGGGAAGCUGGCGCAAUGUUCGGCGAGAUGGUGGAAUACUGGUACUACACCGGAGACACAACAUACAACGCCGAGGUCAAGCAAGCGCUGCUGCAUCAGGUUGGCGAGAACAACGACUACAUGCCGGCGAAUCAGACCAAGAGCUUGGGAAACGAUGAUCAAGUCUUCUGGGCCUUUGCUGCAAUGACAGCGGCCGAAGUUGGAUUCGAAGACCCCCCGGAAGGAUCUCCCUCAUGGCUGUCGCUCGCACAAGCAGUCUUCAACGAACAAUCCGAACGAUGGGACACUGCCUCCUGCGGUGGAGGUCUCCGCUGGCAGAUUUACUCCUUUAAUGUCGGCUACAACUACAAAAAUUCCGUGUCCAAUGGAGGUCUUUUUCAGCUUGCUGCUCGCCUCGGUCGUUACACCGGUAAUCAAACAUACAUCGACUGGGCCAACAAGGUCUGGGACUGGUACGAGGACUCGGCUCUGUGGGACGCCAAAGACUAUAAGAUUCUGGAUGGUGCAAGCACAACGAACAACUGCUCUGACGGUAGCCAAGAGCAAUGGUCUUACACGUACGGUGUCUUCCUGGCUGGUUUCUCUUACAUGUACAACCACACCGAAGACCAAGCCUGGUUGACCCGCAUCGACGGCAUGCUGAACACGACUGUCAGCACUUUCUUCCCUACGAACAUGGGCCCCAAUAUCAUGGUUGAAACCACUUGCGAACCUCUUGGAAACUGCAACAACGAUCAACGCUCCUUCAAAGCUCAUUUGUCCCAAUGGAUGGCCGUUACUGCUCAACUUGUUCCCAAAUAUCACGACAGGAUUUUUGAUUACCUGGCACCUUCUGCUAAAGGCGCUGCUGGCCAGUGCGAUGGCGGAUCCGACUCGGUCACAUGCGGCCGCGAAUGGAACAGCACAACUUGGGAUGGCACGUACGGCGUAGGCGAGCAGAUGUGCGCUUUGGGCGUCAUCCAGGCAAAUAUGAUGAAUGUUGUGUCAUUGAAACCGCCGUACACUUCAGUCUCUGGUGGUACCAGUAAGAGCGACCCAGAUGCAGGCACGGGCACGAGCGGCACGUCGUCUUCCAAUGGCCAGGCCAUCACAUACUCAACAAUAACCACGGGCGACAAAGCUGGUGCUGGCGCCAUCACUGCCGCUAUUCUUCUUUUCUUGAUGGGCGGAACAGCCUGGUUGCUGAUUGCAUAA